AAAAAAACGCCUGAAAUGCCUCAUGAGCAUGAGAAGUGCGAACAAAAAAAAAAAAACACGGCGGCAUCCUGUUGCUUUGCUUGCAAGUGGAGGUUCAUUUCCCAGCAGCCGCCCCAACACAUGACAACAGCGCACACCCACAUCUUGCACGCCCAUCCCCAAGAAGAGCCCUCCGAGCUCACACACACACACACACACACUCUCGCGUACAUACAAGAGCUUUUUGCACACAACCGCGCGACUUUCAAGACAUUCUGGAAAGGAGGCCUCGUUUCCUUUCGCGAGAGACCAAUGGCCAACGCCGGGAUUCAACUUUUGGGCUUCUUCCUGUCACUGACUGGCAUCGUGGGUCUGAUCAUCGGGACCAUUCUGCCCCAGUGGAAGAUGUCGGCCUACGUCGGGGACAACAUCAUCACGGCCGUGGCCAUGUACCAAGGAUUGUGGAUGUCCUGCGCCUUCCAGAGUACGGGACAGCUCCAGUGCAAGAUCUACGAUUCCAUCCUGCAGCUCGACAGCUCUCUUCAAGCCACCCGGGCACUGAUGAUCGUGGGCAUCAUCGUGUCCGUGGCGGGCCUGGGCGUGGCCUGUACGGGGAUGAAGUGCACCACCUGCGGGGGGAGCGACAAGCCUCGCAAGGCCCGCGUCGCCAUGACGGGGGGCAUCAUCCUGUUAGUGGGAGGGCUUUGUGCCAUCGUGGCUUGCUCCUGGUUCGCUCACAACGUGAUCCGGGCGUUCUACAACCCCUACACUCCUGUCAACACCAAGUUUGAGUUUGGCGCCGCCAUCUUCAUCGCAUGGGGCGGUUCCCUCCUGGAUGUCCUGGGCGGGGCCAUGUUGGCCGCCUCGUGCUCACAAAAGAAGCAAGUCUCCAAGUACCCAUCCGUGGCCAGUUCCCGUUCCGGGCCAGCCAACGGCAACAAGGAAUAUGUCUGAAUGUCAUCAGUGUUAUACAAAGAUAUUCAAGUGAAAAUGUGUGUGGGCCAUCACUGAAUCACUAAAGGGGGACUUUAUGCGUUUAAUAAUUGCUUGCUUGUGACGGAGCACUGUCUCAACCACAUGCGUUUACACAAGUGCUAUUCACUAUUAGACUACAAGAAGCAGACAGGAUACAAAUUCUAGUCUGAAUGGUGAAUACGGAAUCGUCCACACUUGCACGACCAAUGUAGACCUAUUUUAUAGUCACACAUCAGCCACUGGGUUGAAAGUUAUUUAUUUGGCUAAACAUAGGUUGACUUUUAGAUUUCAGGUUUGUAGAUGGGUGUCAUAUUUUGGUGAACUAUUUUUUUUUAUAAAUAUAUACAUAUAUAUAAGACAUACUCCUGAUGCAUGUAGCUGAUAAUAUGUAGAAAUAAAGGCAUUGUAACAUUU